AUGGAGGGCAAUGAACCUGAAGCCGAGGAUUCCAUCAAUAAGCCUAGUCUGCCUACCAUAAUAAUUAGGCCUAAAAGCCAACAAAAUAUAGGCAAGAAUAAAGAGGAGGUGCAAAGGUUGAUAAAUCCAUGCGAAAUCAAUGUUGGAAUUAGAAAUAUUAAGGAAACUAAGAAAGGAAAUAUUGUACUAAAGUGCGACACAGAACAGGAGCUAGAAAGACUCAAGAAAUCAGCAGAAAGUAAACUAAAAGGUGUUUCAAGUGUCAGGGCUUUCAACACAAAAGUAACCGGUGUCUUAGAAAGCAAGUCUGUGGAAACUGUGCAGGGUGUCACAAUACCUCAGAAUGUGAAAGUCAGGAGAGGACGUGUGUGA